ACCACUCUUUUUCUCUCUCUUUUUAUUCUUCUCGACUCAUUCUACAAUGACACCCAAAGAUGAGAUCAAUCAAAUGGAAAAAGUAAUAGAAAGAUCUCAAUUGAAACACGGACAAGAACUACUUGGAGAAUAUCAUGCUGUGUAUAAGAUUGAUUGGAAAAUUCAUUUCCUAUGGACACUCUCAGUCAUUUGUUUCAUUUUGGCCAGAUUAUGGUGGUUUGUUCCUUUGCCAGGCACAGAUUAUUUACCAGCCUAUCGUACCUAUCCUGCCAACUUUCUCAACACAUUAUUCCAAGGUUUAGGUUGUGCACUUGCCACUCGGUCCAUCACAGUGGGUUUAGUCAAGACAUUCACAAAGGGAGUUCAUCCUGACUCUUUGGUCUCGUUCGGUUCAACAGGUGGAUGGAGAGCAAUGUGGAGUUGUAUUCGCCAUCGAUCUGGACUGCGGUAUUUCUUGAUUGCUCUUUUGGUUACUGCAGCUACUCUUUUAGGUAAUGCGCUUGAAGGCGAAUUACAAUCUUCAGUCACUAUCUAUUAUCGCGUGGGUGGUAUGACUUCUACAAAUCUGGCAGAAUGUCAACAUAAUACGACUCAAGAUUAUGCUACUGCCUCUACUGCUUAUACAUCAGGUUGGGUCAGCCAUACCUUAGCAGACGCAACUCCUCUCCUGAAUCAAUUGAAUGCCAGUCUCUACGCUAACCCAACGAGCCCUUAUUCUCUCAGUUUACUUAGUACACAGCUUACUCCUAUUCAAAACAUGACAGCGGCUUAUUCAAGUAACACAAAUCUAAGGAGAAGACAUUACCAUCACACCAGUUCAUGUGAUCCAAAGGCUACAGCCACUCUAACGUCAUCUACUGCCACAAGUUCACUCAUGACAGCUACAGCCGAAUAUGGAUCGAACAAUGAUAGUGCUAUCAUGGCAUUGUCUGUGGAUGGAGAACAAGUCCCAGUGACAAAUGCAACCCAUGUCAAUGGCACCUUGAUGAUCAUGAUAGACAAUACGACACAUACAGCCAUACCUUAUAAUGCAUCCAUGGCAUCUACUUAUUCAGCUGUGGAACUACAAGUCCUUCGAUACACACAUGCGGAAGGACAAGAAGCUGUCAUUGUCUAUAGUUCCAAUAUGUCUUAUUAUGGUGGUGUUUAUGUCACUGCAUCUGCUUCCAAUUAUAGUUGUACGUUGGUUGAUCAUUCAAUCGCAUGUCAUCUUUUGGAUGCCUCAAACACCUUAUCCGCAAAUAAUAAAGUGGUUGCGGAUGCACUUGCGGAUGCGAUUCGAUCAGGCGUAGGUGUCUAUGGAACCAUGCUUCCCAAUAGCCUUCCGUUAGAUAUGCUGAAUGGUGUCCCUACAUCAGGUGCUCUGGUGGAUGCGUUGUAUGCGAAUCCUAACUGUCCAGCACCCUUAGUGCUGCCUUCUGAAGCAAAUGGUAUUUAUCCUUAUUCUGCUGCUCAUUGGACUUGGCUUAGUAUGCUCUGGGUUCUUUCUUAUGUUAUUGUUUGGCUUAUUGGUGUUUAUGUGAUUGGUUAUUCUGAAGAUACAUGGUCUCGGCUGACAAGGACAGGCUACAUGUUACCUCAGAUUAUUAGUAAUUCCCCUAUUUUGUUUACCAAUGGUUUAGACGGCGAAACAGUCAAUCAGCCUGCUUAUUUAAAUCCUGCAGAUGGUAAAAUGAUUUUAAUCCGAGAACAUGAUCAUGGCUAUACAGUCACUGAAGAAGAAAUACCCAUACAAUAAACAGUUUAUUG